AUGGACGAAAACAAGGUCCUCCUCUCCUCCCUCCACUACUUCAUAUUGAAAUUUAAUGAAAAGGACAAAAGAGGCACCAAUAAUCAAAUCACCGACCAAUUGUCAUCAGUGGUUAUCGCUUUGAGGAGAAGACAACUACCCCUACUACUACUGAGAGAAAGUGAAAGUGAAGUGCUCACUGCAGAUGCAGUUGCAGGGAACCAGUUAAACCGUAUUUAA